UUUUGUGUUGCAAACACGCACGUCUCCUACUGGCUGUUUACUCCUUCACUGUGCAGAACAUGUCCGUUUUCUGCUUCCAGACGCAACUUGUGUCCAUCAUGGACGCGCUGUCCAAAGCAGCUGUGAUGGAGAUCGGCAAGCUGGUGGAGAUCGAGUCGAAGAUGCUGAAAAUCGAGAUCACCCGCGGGCGGAACGAGAUCGCCUCCCUCACCGAGAAGCUGCAUCUAAUGGAGAAACUGCUCCAUAUGGCACAGAGAGGCAGACAGGACACAGGGGUCGGCUUGGAGAACUCGGUGCUGCUGGAGCCUGACAGGACAAGACCUGUCAUUAAGAGUGACUUUCCAUGGGACAGCAAUAACUCCUCCCCUGAGACAAACAGUUUGCUCCAAGACGAGGAGACUCCGGCAUUUGAACCUCCUCAAUCAGCUCAAGAGCAGCCCAAACUGAUGGUGGUGAAGCAGGAGCCAUUAGAGGUGGAGAAUGGAGAGUCUGAACAGGAGAGAACAUCUGAAAAUAACAUCCAGAAGAGCCCAGAUGUGAGCCAGCAUCCUAAAGAACGCCUUCAGCCGGUGUUCCCUGACUGCAUUGCGAGCCUGAACGCACCCCCAUCUCUCCCUGCACCUGGACAGAGAGAUGCACAGUGGAAUCCACAGCCUCCACCAGGACACACAAACCAAGAAUCUGCCAAAAGCAUCCCCCAGAUUGUCGCCUCUCCACUCAGGAGUGUGAAGAUGCACAACCUGAGGAAUUCCACCACUAAGAAGUUUGGCUGCCUGCAGUGCGGCAAGAGCUUCAGGUGCUACAGCCAGCUUGAAAUACACCAGAGGAGUCACACGGGAGAGAAACCUUUUAGGUGCACGUUGUGUGGGAAGAGAUACGCGCAAAAGGGGCACUUAUAUACACACCAGCGCACUCACACGGGAGAGAAGCCGUACCGCUGUCCCAUUUGCGGAAAGGGCUUCAUUCAGAAAUGCACCCUCGACAUGCACCAGCGUACGCACACGGGAGAGAAACCGUUUGUUUGUGUGCAAUGCGGAAAGGGUUUUACAAAGAACUGCAACCUGAAAAAGCACCUUUUAGUACAUCUUGAUCCGGAUUUACAGGUGUAUGGUAACCAGUCAACGUGAAGUGAAGCAUUCUUCUCUAGCCGGAUGUUCUAAAAACAAAAAUCAAUAAUAAAGUUAACAUUUAACAUGAAAAAAACUCUUGAGUGUUAAGUAUGUAAUUCACUAAUUCCUUGUUUUAUGGAUUGUCAGGAACGCUACAUUUAAAGCACAGAAAUGAACAAAAAUAUUGAUAAUUUGUCCGACUCAUGUAAUGCAAUACUUACAGUGCUGCUCUAUUCCUAUACUUUCUAUAUUUUCUUUGCAUUAUAAACAACCUUGAAUGUGACGGUAACUUGUAAAAUUUCAGUUUUUCAAUAAAACAGUAGAUGGCAGUAGACACCAACGAUGCUACAAACACAAGUACUUCCGGAAGGCUUUCGAAAUAAAAGUCAUGGGCACCUCAGAUGUGAGUGGAGUCUUUAUAUUGUAUAU